AAAUAUGUAAUUAAAUAUAAUCCGGAAAUUUGAAUUUUCCCGCUAAUGCUCUUGGUGGGGGAAAUUCGUGUCGGAACGAACCUGUUGAGGGCGCUGAAAAUCGUGUACGAUUAUUUACAUUGCUCUCUUAUGGGACCUUCCACUCUCCCUAAUACUCUCUGAUUCUUUUGAUCGCUCUUGUUAUUAUUUUUGGCGUAAAAUUUUGAAAAAUUGUUUAAAAAAACACAGGAAAAAUGUCUAAAAGACAUUCGAAAGAAUCGAAACACAAUUAUUAUUCACCAUCAAAAAAACAACGACUGAGUAUAACAAUUGAAAGUGGAUCGAAAACUAACAAUAGACAAUCCACGAGUAAAAAGCAAGAUGAUAUAUGGGGCGAUGAUUUCCCGGAAGAUGUUUUGGAGAAUAUUGACACUAUUGCAUCGCAAGCUUUCAGUCAAAUGGUUAAUGUCUCUAACGAAAGUAUAGAAGCAGUUGAAUCACUACCCUCUACUGUAACGAAAACUUCGAGUUCCUGGUCCGUUCCUUCUUUUGAUGUAAAAACUCAUGCACCAGGUCCAAAAACAAGUCCAACUAAUGUUCCCAGUACAUCGACAAAUUUCAAUCAUCAAAAGACAGUUUGUUCAUUUAAACCAAAAAUAAGGGAAUCUAGAGGAACUUUUUCAGAAUCAAAACAUUUACAAAUAAUUCAUGAUUCGAAAAUUAAUAACAGUAAUAAUAAAAAAACAAUUCCAUCAUGUGAAACAACGCCCUACAGUCAGUCAACUCAAUUAGCUUUUGGAGAUUUUAAAACAAAAUUACUGAACGAAAAUAACAUGAACUCAACAUUCUUAUCGCAAAAUUCCUACGUUCAUGUACCUGACGAUUCGCAACUUGAUCAAAUAGCAAAAUUGCGAAACGAAAAAACGAAAUUGGAGUCCAAUGUAAUGACCAAGGAUGGAGAGAUAUUUUUUUUAAGAGGACAACUAGCAACGGAGAAAAAGAAAACAAUAAGCUUUAAAUCUGAGUCGAGUAAAUUAUUAAAAGAACAGGAAAUUAAUUUCAAGGCAGAAUUGCAGGCUUUAAAGAAAGAGAAUGAUAAUAUUGCAACACAACUGAAAUUAAAGAUUUUAGAGAUGAAUAACUUAAAGGAUAAGACAAAAAUGCUCGAGAAGGGAGCUAUAAAAUUUAUUGAACCCCAAUCUCCGAGUUUCGAUUCGGGAAGAAGGAAUAAAACAAUAAUGAGUUGUAAGAAAAAUUCAUCUGUCAAAAUAACAUACAAAGAGACUGCAACUCAAAUGGAAGUCAACAAUGCCCAGAAAUAUGAAUCUAAAGAUUCUUUAACUUUCUAUCCACUGCAGCAAAUUCCACAAUCAAUAUUUGAAAGAUCUGAACCAGAGAUUCCAAUUAUCGAUAUUCAUGUGGUGGGAAAAAUUGGGAGAAGAAAUUUACCGAUUUUACAAGAGACAAAUAAUUUGAGAGUAUUUGAAAAUACAGAAGCAGUGAAACCCGUUGUGACUUAUGUGGAUAACAAAGAAUUGAAUGUUCAAUUUUUUUUAGUCAAUUUAAGUAAACUUUUGAACAAAACAACAGAGGAAAUAAAUUCGAGUGAUAGUUUACCCAUAAUAAACAUGAUUACCGCGACAGGAAGGGAACUUUUACUAAAUACUUCAACGUCGCUUAAAAAAAUUUUCGAUGUUAUGAUCAAUGAUGAUAUAAGGGAUAUGAACGAUUUCUACCUUUCAAAAUACAGUUCAAUUAAAAUUUCGGAUAUUGAUAACAUUUUUAGUGGGAAAAAAUUGUUCGAUAAAGAGAGGGCAAUCGAAGCGAGAAGAACGCUUGCAGUUAUUUCACACAUUGUCGAGACUUCAACUUAUUUGAGUGAAUAUGUAACGGGAAAAAAACUAUUGAAAGUCAAUGAUGACUAUUUCUACCAAAGCUACAUUAAACAAUUUAACACUUACAAUUCGUGGAGCAAUAAAGAUUGUGAUUUUGAAUUUUUGGAAAUGAUUCUACAAUUCGUGAAAAUUAUGGGUUUAACAAGAAAUGCUCAUCAAUUCUGCGGAGCUAUCAAUGCAAUUAUCAUGAUUUUAAUUAAUGUGCAAAAAACUGUUGGUUUUUGUCCAACUGGGUUAGAUUACGUUUACAAAAUAUUUCGAGAAAUAGUAUUUUCCAGACCGAUUGUUGAAAAUAUUCCAGCAGUAAGUGAAAUGUUGAUGACAUUCGCCAACUGUAAAGAAUUCACGAAGAAACUUUGCUUUAGCGGUGAUCAUUCGGUCGUUAGUUCGAGCAGUGAUAUUUGGUACUUCAAGGUAGAACCAAACACGUGCAUAAUUGAAAUUUUCAUAUCGCAAAUAAAUAAAUUAGUAAAUGAUCCAAUUGUAGUUAUGAAUAUGUCGUAUGCAAUUGUAUCAUUCAUCGAAAAAGUUCGUCCCACUAAUGCCUUUCCAUGGAAAGCUAGUCAACGAAAUUCUUGCAAAUGCUGUUCGUUGUUAAUUAAUUUUGCCGUUAAAUCACUUUAUAAGUGUAUGAAAGUGAGUGUCGACGAAUUGGAAGCAAAUUUUAGAAAUCAACGAGCAACAAAUGAUUUUUCGAGAAUGUCAAAGAAAGAAUUUUGGAAUAAUUUGAAGAAAAAACAAGAAGUAAUGGCAGCAUUGGGAAUUGAAUUUUUUUGUCAUCUAAUGAACAAUGAAUAUUUUUAUAUUAUUAAAAGAGCUGAAAUGGCGUAUACCUUAUGCCAAUUUGUAAAUCAUGUUGAAAAGAUGUUUGAUAUACGGCAAGUUGAAGAUUUUGAAAGUGCACGUGAUAGAAUUAACAACUUUAUUAAUGAACCCGAGAAAACAGAUGCACCAGAAAUUCCAGUUCAAAUAGACUUAAUGGGAAAGACGAGAAAACUGGAACAAUCUGGAAGGAAAUUUAACCAGGAAUCGCGAUUUGAAUGUUUUAGUAAGAAUCUCGAAAACUCAUCGUAAAAUUAUUUUAAUUUUUUAAAUUUAAUUUAAUUUAAUUUAAUUUAAUUUAAUUUAAUAAUAAAAUCAAGGUAAUAAAACUGAAAAUUAAAACCUA